AUGAAGUAUGAUGGACAAACAAAAGAAAAGAUGAAUAAGCAAAUCGUAGAAGAUGAAGAUAAUGGACCAGAGUUAAUGAAUGUGCGUGUUUCUUCACAGUACAAACAAAUGGAAGCUAAAGAUUACUUUUCACAACAAAGCAGUAUUGAAAUUAUUGAAUCGAUGCGAGCCUCGUUGUUCGAAGAUAAUUCUCCAAACGAACCUUCUGAAACAGAGAAAAUCAUUUUAAGCAGUGUAGAAGCAGUCGCCAGCACAGCAGAUUUGCAGAAGAGUGGUUUUAUUCUCCAACAUUCGGGAGACAGCGAAGACGUCCCAGAAAGUUCGGGACAGUUCGCAACGUUCGGUUCCCCGAGUGAUCCUUACAUAAAUUCACCGCAUAUGGAUUCUACUUUUUCUUUACCGACGGUCGCGGAACUUGUUAAUCGUGGACCCGUUCUUAAGAAAGGCUCAACCACCGGAAGCUCGUCGUCUGGAAACAACGUCACUGCCAAACCAGAUGUAGCAGGAGAAUUGUUCACUGAACACAGUUCGAGUGCUGAGGGAACGCCGAGUGCCGAACCAAAGACAAAGAAAAUGAAAAUUAGUCGUUCAAAACUUGAUUAUCAUAUGGUAAUUUAUUUCAAAUUCAUAAUUUAA